AUGGCUGUCCCUCAUGAAGAGCACUAUCAUCCCAAGAACACAAUCAUGGCGUCAUUGAAGACGACCAUGCUGACCGGUGGAGUCGGUCUUUGCGCCUCCGCCGUGCAGAACACCCUGACCAAGAAGAACGUCGGACCCUGGGGUGUGUUUGUGAGAAGCGGCAGCACCAUCGGUCUUUUCGCGGCCAUGGGCGGUACCUACGAGUUCGUCAAGGACGCCUCGGCCAACCUGCGGGAGAAGGAUGACCACUGGAACGUCGCUCUGGGCGGUUUCUUCUCCGGUGCCCUUCUGGGUCUGCGCGCACGGACUUUCCCUGCCCUCCUGGGCUACGGUGCCGCUCUGGCAACCGGCAUGGGCGCCUUCGAAUACACCGGUGGAACGCUGUGGGGAUACCAGAAGGACCAUACUAUCGAUGAGUUUGAGCGUCGCACACAGCUGCGAAAGCAGUUCCGCACCUCGGGAGAGCAGACCGUCAACGAGCUGGGCGAGGGACGAGGCAUCUAUGCUCCCGGGUACGCCGACAGACGACGAGAGAGACUCAAGGAGAACUACGGCUUCGAAGUUCCCACAUCCCCUAUCCCCGCAUCAUAA